AUGUUUAGCAGCAUGUACAUCAAGGUAGACAACUGCAGCUCCCUUGAGCUCUUCCGUCAGCUUUGCAACUCUAUCCUUCAACGGCCUGUUGAACUCAACUGACAUCUCAUUAUGAGCCUUGACUCGAUCAAGCUUCAUGAGAUGACCCAGUGGCGGAGGAUUUGAGAAUUGGAACAAGUUCGCAGGCAAGGAGCUAGUAAGGAGAGAAAUUAACGAGGGGAGCAUCUCGGAACAGCAGCCGCAGAUCAAUAUCCCAAUUCCAUGGAAGAAGACCAUCAAGAGUCGAAACACGUGUGCAAAUACUGCGGCAAGCGCUGCCGCAGUGGGAAAUCGCUGGGAGGUCACUUGAGGUCUCAUAUGCGUCUGUUUCUGGAAGAGUCGUCUCAACCUGAUGCCAAGCGGAGAUUGAGAAGGAAGCUAUUUCCCCUUAGCAACAAAAAGUUGAAGAGGGAGGAGGAGGAUGUGGAAGCUUUUGUAGCGUCUUUGGACCGUAAUCAUGAAACAUGCCCUUCGCGGAUAGUGUCCAAAUUGAUACGGGAACGAGCAAUUGGGUGCCUCUCCGCACUUCUCGAACGCAAAAUUCCUCACAAUCGCUUGGAUCUGUUUGAUGACAGCCGCGAACCCUUCAUAUUUGAUGCCGCUGAGAGGGGGUUCUAUGGAGCAGUCGAGUUGUUUUUGCGUCACGGGGUUCCUCCUAGUGCUAGGUUACCAGCAGCAUGGUUUCGUCUACGAGAGCUGCUUCCCAUCGAUUACGCACUAUAUCCCAGCUGCGACGACCAGUGGGAUCUGGAAACCGAGGAGAAUGGUUAUUAUCGGCAAAGGCUCUGCACUUUGAUGCUCUGGCUUCCCAAAUGGAUCAGUAAAUAUUUCGACUGGUGGCGCACGGUCAAGCUGCUGGCUCAGGCCACCGAACAGGGGAUUCUGGAGAUGAGGAUUUUUCCGGUAUGCAAGAAACGGCCAAGCGGCCAAGCUGCUCUGGCUCCUGCUUGCCGUCCCCGACCGAGUUCUCUCCCCAACAUUCUUCAGGGGCACGUUUCUCCAGCAGCGGUUUGGAACCGCCUCCUUGUCCCUCCGCGAUUUCUGAUUGCUCAGCUUGCUUUUGUCACUGGAGUUGGCCUCACCGUCGAACCCAAUCGUCGUCCCCAUCCUGACGGGAUCCGCGGCGACGUGCUGUACAAGAAAUCGAGCCUCACUUGUUCCCUGCGAUUGCUUGAAGUCUUCCGCAGGGCUGGGCCUCAAUUGUGUCGCUUAAUGGAAAUGUUAGAGAAGGAAAAGCAGAGAAGAAAAGAGCAAGGGGAAACGUAUCCUUAUCCGGAUUACACAAUUGCUCAACAGUUCAGGACUGUGCUCAAGGAAGCUGGCUUCCCUGUGGCUUCUCUCCGUUGCCCGGUCAGAACUGCUCACCCAGAGUCACAAGGAGGAGACUGACUACGGCUGGCUUCCCCCAGAGAGACGACUACCCUGAAUUGGAGUUCUUGAUUCGACCACCACAUGUCCGCAGAAGUGAAAUUCUUGAUUCAGACUUUAACAAAGCCAUCGAGAAGUUGUGCCAGCAUCCUCACCUGAAGGAAUGGACUUCCCAAAUGUCCAUUUUCAAGUUGCUUUUCAUAUUCUGCCUCCCUGACGUGGUAGAAAACAUGCAAUCUGUGUUACGAUUCGAGCUCAAGGAUAUUAACCCUUCGAAUAUAAUCCAACCUGCGUAUCUUGCUGACUUAUGCUUUAUUUACGUCGUCGAGGGGCGAAUCGUUGAAUUCACAUCUGCUCUAGUGGCUACUCAAGUUCAUCUUCAGUUGGAGUAUCCACUAUGUCCUAAAAUGUUUUAUGAUGAUGGUGAUUAUAGUUACAAGUCUGCCACCCGCACCGUAUAUGAAUCAUUGUUGCAUGCCAUGACGAGAGUGAUUGAUGAAGAAAUUAGUUUAAUUGGGAAACCGAAGGACAAUGACUAUGUUCAAGUUUGCAAGGAGAAAAAGUCAUUGAUAUCUUCUGCAUUUCUACUAACAAAGAUAGUCGAAAAAUCUGCAAAAGAUAUUCAUUGUUAUCUUCACUCAUCAAGAUAUAAGGAACUUGGUGAUUUGAAGCUCAUAGUUAAAAGAUGUUGCUGCCUUACUUAGAAAACGCAUGGGCUUUGUGUUACGAUCUCGGCAUACCUGUGUGAACGACCUGAAAUGUUUCUCAAACAAAUCAGGUAUCGGAGAAUCCAAUUUAGAAGGAAAAUUAUCAUCCUUUGGACCACCUUUCGAAGAGAGUAAAGCCGUCGACGGUUUCUAAAGAACAAUUGAAGGAUCAACAUUCCUUGCUUAUCCAUUAGCAAACUUUCAGCUCGCUCUUAUCACUCAUACCAAAUUUCAAGGUUUGAAGGAUCUAAGGCCUCAUUACCGUCGAGAAACCGGGUAAAUUUUGUUGUGAAAAAGCUGGAGGCAACAAAACGAUUGGACACUAUGUCGAGGAAGAGUUGGAGGUUCUUGGCAGUGAUCACGAGAGUAAUGACCUGGUUCUAAAUUCUGCCCUCUUUGAGCUCUUACAUCACAGCCUAUGACAUGCUUGGGUGAUUCGAGUUGGUGGGUCAGUCAAAGAGCCAUUCUGGGUUUGGUCAGCAACCCAUUUGCUUGCAGCUUCAGUGUAAUGCACUCCAUCCCAACUAGCAUAAACAGAAGGGUCUUUACAGGAGCCACCAUAGAUUUCACUUCCAUUGACUUUCCCUUUGUUUCCGCACCAUAUGUGGUCAUACUUCACAUGGUAACCACAGCAAACCUUCAGUGGAUCAGCAAACCCUGCAAGAAAAAAUUCCCCAGAGUGAAUGAAGAGAAUGAACAUUCAUUUUUGGACUAAUGAAAUUAGCAAGCACCUAGUAUGGUUUUUGGCAAAUAAGUUUCCAUAUGUUGUUUAUCCCUUCAAUAAUUCUUCUAAAUCCUUUACUAAUGUGGACAACUCAUGCUUACUAGCUCAAAAGCUGACUUUUCUAUACCUAAUCUCUUUGCAUUGGCAAUGAGUCCAUGUUUAGCAGCAUGAACAUCAACAUAGACAACUGCAGCUUCCUUGAGCUCUUCCCUCAGCUUUGUAACUCUAUCCUUCAACUGCCUAUUGAACUCAACUGACAUCUCAUUCUGAGCCUUGACGCAGCCAAGCUCAUCAAGGUAACCCUGUGGGGGAGGAUUCGAGACGUAGAACAAGUUCACAGGCAAGCAGCCAAACGGACCCGUGUUGUGGAUCCAGAAUGAUCUUCCUCCUUGCUCAUACAAGUGUUUGACUGCUGCAGCCAACUGGUUAACAAUGUCGGGCAGUGCUGCUUUGAGUUGGUCAGGACCCAACCUGAAACCAACAGACAGAUCAUUCUGGCCAAUAUCGAAAGUGUAGAGUGCCUUUGAGAAUUCCUCUGGUCUUGGAAGCUUGUCUGCCUCCGGAGUACCCUUCACUGCAAAUAAAAGAGCCUACCAAACUUGUAAGUGCAAGUGUAACAGAACAAGAAAAGGAAAGAGUUCAAAUUUCGGUAGACAGACGUUUCAAACAGUAAAGAUUGGAGCUUUAAUUUUCCAGGUGCGAGAGCAAAGCUUACCCUGAUUGUAGAGAUCUGCAGUUCUAGCUUUGAACUGAUCAAACUGCACAAUCUGCAUAUCAAGAGCAAAAGGGCUAAUCCCAUACUGGAAAAUGGUCUCAUUCUGCCUCCUGAUUGUCGAGCCACCAGUAGCAAAAUUGGCUCCAUGCCUGUAGUUGGCCCCAAUUGAGUUUAAGUACGCGCUCAAAUACGGCAAUUUUAGCCUCUCAGCUAUGAAAUCCACAGUAAGGCGGCCAUCGGAGUCCCGACCAGCUGGCUUGUGGAAGAAAUGCUCGCCGUAUGGAGCUGAGAUUGGGACGAACGCAGCAGAUAUCCCUCCAGUGUCUGAAUUCGAGUCCCCAAAGUUGUAAAUGGCUGGGAAUGCGCAGGGGGCCGCCAAACCAACACUUACUGGGCUCAAAGCGCAAAACAACAGAAACCCAAAAACCAAAUCCCUCCCGCAAAGCAAACCCAUUUUUGCCGAGAUCUCCUAUGAA